GUGCAGCAGUAGGGUGUGUGUCCUGCUCUCUCAGCUCUAUGGAUCCUCAGCUUCUGUUGAACCUGAUGAAGCGCUUCUGUCCCUGUCUCAACGCGUUUCCGAGCCAGGACUGGAGCAAGAGUGACGAAAGGUUGCUGCAGGCGGUAGAGCAGAACGAACCGGACAAGGUCUCCGCCCUGCUGGUGAAGAAGGGCCUCUGCGCCUCCAAGCUCGACGGCGAUGGAAAAUCAGCGUUCCACAUGUGUGCGACGCGUGGUCGCGUGGACUGCCUGGAGGCCAUCUUGUCGCACGGGGUGGACCUCACCUCCACCGACGGCACAGGUUUCAAUGCCCUUCACCUGGCGGCGAAGAACGGCCACUCUGAGUGUGUGAAAAGGCUGCUGCAGGAGAGUCUACCUGUAGAUUCUACAGACAGCUUUGGAAGGACAGCCCUACAUCACGCAGCUGUAAGCGGGUGUCUCUGCAGCACGGAGACACUAUGGGAUUUCAAGGCCUGCCUGGAUGCCCAGGAUGGGGACGGUUCCACCCCUCUCCUCCUGGCGGCCCAGAUGAGUCGGGUCGAGCUGUGUGCCUUCCUGCUGGACCGAGGAGCGAACCCCAAUCUACAGGACAGCCAGGGCAGGUCCGCCCUGAUGCUGGCGUGUGAGAGUGACAACGUGGAGACGGUGGAGGUGUUGCUAAGGGGCGGGGCCGACGCCCACCUGACCGACUCCCUCGGACACAGCGCCGCCCACUACAGCGUCGCCACGGGCAACGAGCAGCUGACUCGGCUUCUGCAGGCCGCCGGCCUGGGGCCAGCCACGCCCCGCAAGAGGAAGGCCCCGCCUCCACCCGGGUCCCCUCCCCAGGGCUCCCCAUCCAGCCUGGACCCCCGCGGGCCCCCAGCGCAGUCCCCAGAGACACAGCGCCCCCCUCAGGCCGGCAUGACGGAGGACGAGGAGGUGUUCGAGGAGAUCCGCAGGCUGAGGCUGGAGAGGGGACGUCUGCUCCAGAAGAUCAAGGGCCUGGAGAUGCAGCAGCACAGCGCCCACACUGCGCUGGAGGAGUUGUGUGCCUUGCGGGAGCGUCUGGAGCAGGCGGAGACGGAGCGGGACGGACUGCGCUCGGAGGUGGAGGAGUACAGGGGUCUGCAGGGCGCGCUCAGCGACUCUGAGGUGACCGAGGACAUGGACGACAUGCUGGACUUCCCAGGUGCUGAGAGACUCCUCUCCCGACAGUCGAGAAGCUCGGGGCUGGAGACGGUCUCCGCCCAGGAAGACGGCACUUCGCAGGGGGACCCCGAGUCGCUGUGUGUCUCUCGGAGCCAGGGGGACCCCGAUUCUGUGGCCGAGCUGCAGAGGCAGGUGGAGGAGCUGACUGCAGCCAAUGUGGACCUGGUGCUUAAAGUGCAGAUGCUGGAGACCUUCGAGAAGGAUGACACGGACAUGCAGAGCUCCAGCCCGGACUUCGUCCCCGCCGUCCAGUACGACUCCCUGAGGAAGGAGUUCGAGGAGCUGCAGGAACGGUACUACCAGGCCCAGGCUGCGACCGAGGCCUCCAGCAUCGCGGAGGAACAGGGGUCCGUUCAGAAGCCGGAUGAGAGCGGAGGAGGCGCGGGGGAGGGGGAGGCGAAGCUGCAGGAGGUGCAGGAGCAGCUGGCUCAGACCCAGGCCGAGCUGGAGGAGCUGAAGGAGCACGUGAAGGUGGGGGUGUUCUCCGUGGAGCAGGCGCCAGACCCCCAGGAGAGCCAGGAGACGCAGCGCCUCCGUCAGAGGGUGGAGGAACUGGAGGCAGGGCUGAAGGAGCGGGAGGGGCAGGCGAAGGAGAAGAAGGAGGAGGUGGAGGAGGAGGAGAGCGACAUUGUGAGGAAGCUCAGGGGAAAGGUGGAGGAGCUCCAGGCCGCCCUGACGGAGAAGAAAGAGGGAGACGGGCAGGUGAAGCAGCUGAUGGAGAGAGUGAGGGAGCUGGAGGCGGUAGAGAGGCAGCGGGAGAGAGGGGGAGGCGAGGAGGAGGUGCAGGAGGAGGAGAAGGAGGUGCAGGGCCUGCGGGGCCGGGUGAAGCAGCUGCAGGCGGAGCUCCGGGGCAGCGUCCCGCGCGUGGAGCUGGAGGAGGUGCGGGUCUCCAUGGCGAUGCAGCUGGAGCAGCUGGCCAGGGAGCGGGCGGAGGCGGCCAUGCGGCUGAACGACGCCCUCCUGGAGCUGGAGAGGCUCCGCCCCCCGCCGCACGGCGAGGACGAGGAGGAGGAGGAAGACCGGUCCGAGGGGUCCGAUCCGUCCAUCACAUCAGAGCGCUCGGAGCAGCUGUCGGGGGGCGGGACGCUGGCGUCGGUGCGGGAGGAGCUGGAGGUGGCGCGGCAGGAGGCGGCCCAGGCCCUGGACUGCCUGUGCGCCGAACGCGAGGAGCGGGCGCAGGACGCCCUGCACCUGCUGGACGCCGUGCCCCUCUCCCGCCACCAGGAGGCGCUGUCCGGCCUGGCCGCCCAGCUGGCCCAGGCCGUCCGGGAGCUCCAGGAGGAGAGGGCCCUGCGCGGGGACGCGCAGCAGGAAACGUCCAGGCUGCAGGCCGAGCAGCAGGCCGCCCGGGACGCGGUGUCCCGGGAGGAGCACGAGAAGGUCAAGGCGGCUCUGCAGCGCUCCCUAGAGGAGAGUGAGGGGAAGACGCGGGAGGCGCAGGACGCUCUGAGCGAUAAGGAGGCGGAGCUGCGGGCGCUGAAGUCCCAGAAGGCCGCGGAGCAGGGCCAGGUGUCGAAGGAGGACCACGAGGCCCAGAGGCUCUCCCUGCAGGCCGAGAUCAACACGCUCGCCGCAAGCCUGGCGGACCUCUCGCGCAAGCACGAGAAGACCUGCACCGAGGUGUUCCAGGUGCAGAGGGAGGCUCUGUUCAAUAAGAGCGAACGGCAGGCCGCGGAGGCCCACCUGGCCACCGUGCAGCAGCAGCUGACCGACCUGCAGACCCAGUCCACCCACGUGCAGGAGCUGCACCGCGGCAUCCAGGACUCCCAGGGCCUGGUCAAAGAGAAGGACCGCAAGAUUACGGAGCUCUCUAAGGAGGUGUUCCGUCUGAAGGAGGCGCUUGGGGCUCUGACGCCUCCUCUGGGCCUGUCCUCCGGUCCUCCGGGCCAGCAGGCGGCGCUGCAGAGCAGGGUGGCCACACUGACGCAGCAGCUCCAGGACUGGGAACGGAAGCACCGGGCGGUGGUGGCUGUGUAUCGCUCCCACCUGCUGGCUGCUGUACAGGGACAGAUGGAUGACGAGGUGCAGGAACUGUUACUGCAGAUCCUGAGCAUGACGCAGAAAGGACAUGGCCAUUGACCCCGCCCCCCAGCCAAUCACAACCCUGCACAGCCCUACACAGCCAUUCACAGCAUCGUACCAGUCUGAGGACACAGCUAUGCACAGGAACAACCGAGUCAGGUAUCAGACUGAAUUAGAAGAUGGACUGGACUGGACUAUGACCUACGACCUCAUCCUGCAGUGGGCUUGAGGAUCAGACGAACAAGUCCCCGAAACAGGAAACAGUCCACAGGUGAUCUGUGAUUAGUCAGAUUUCUUACGGCUCCGUUUCGAAAACCAUCUUCCAGGCAUGAAAAAGUUGCUUUUUUUCCCAGCUGUGUGCUUUCCGAUUUGAAGAGGGCAAAGUGUGGUUCACCUGAAAAGCCCAAACGCAGAAUUGUCCGGCAGUCUUCAGUAUUAAAAUGGGAAUUAGUGGCUCUGAAGUGACAGAGCUGUGGCUCAAGCCACGCAGCGCAUCAAAUUUCACAUCAGUCUGACUUCAUGAUGGAGAUGUGUUGCCUAUACACUAAUUAAUAACUAGUACAGAUGAAAAUAAUACCUGUUAUACAUCAUAUAAUAUGAAUGAAUAUGUGACUUAAUGAAAAUGUAUAAAUAAGUGAUGAGUAGGCCUAGUGUAAUAACUGUUGCCUUGCACAAAUAGCUUUGUCAUUUUUGUUGACAUUUAGUCCUAUUGUUUUUUUAUUAUUAUUUGUAUUAUUAUUGUUAUUAUUAUUAUUGUCAUUAUAUUAUAUUGUGGGGUUCUAUGGGUUUACUGGACUUUUUUCCCCAAAACUUUUUAUGAUAUAUUUUUCCUUCUUCUACCAGUUGUGAAUGUUCAGUUUGUAACUGCCUCGGCCUGUUCCAUCACUUUAGUGUCUUCAGCGACUAUGUAAGGGGUGCACACUAAUAAGUAUCCCCUAGAGCAGGGAUUAUCCAAUCACACUGCUGUUUUCCUCCGUUAACCUGGGAGUCAGGUGUGAAGACAGUCUGGCCAGUCAGAAGCACUAAUGGGUUCAGUUAAUUUCACGGGAAGAAAGAAGACCAGGACUGGAUUUGGAUUCGAGGGCCAGAUUUGAAGAUCCCUGCGCUAGAGUGUGCAGUCAGCUCCUGUGUCACUUCACUCUGCUGUCCGUCAACUGAGCUGCAGUCACGAGUGUCCAAUCAGUGAACACGAGGUGUGGCGCUGUGGCAUAAUGCAGUGAGGGAUGUCCAGCCAAACCCAGCCUGGGUGAUGCUGUAACCACGAGACGGCCAUUUUGAGAAAUGAGGAAACCCCUCUUUUCCAUUCCGACGUCUGUACUCCAAAUCAAAACGCUUGUGUUCGAGAAAAAAACGUGUCUCUCUCAGUCUCACAGAACCGACCUGUGAAUCCUAUUUACAUGCUGGUAAGACUGUUCAGAAUGGAGACCUCAAACACUUUUUUGUGAUCCUGACCUACAGAGCAUUAUGCCGUGCUAUGGCACCACCUAGUGUUCGAAGCGAGUCAUUGCAGUUUCAUGGUUUUACUGCACUUGCCAUUUACUAUAGAAAGCUUACAUACGGCGCUUCGUUCUAACGGCGGGAAGCUAACAGUGCUAGAUUUAGCCUGUUGUAACGGAAAGGGCAAACCAGAUGGGUACUAGGUUGGAAUGCUGUGCACCAAUCCCAAACUUCCCUCCCCUGGGAAUUAAAACGAGGGAAUGAAAUCUGCUGGACUCCAAAAAACGUGAGAAUAUUUUCGAAAUGGCGGUUUAGCACACUCCAGUUUACUGUAAUGGACAAUGUGUUACACAGAUAACAAUUACUACCAAUUGAAUUGUAAUGAAAAUGCACUGUUCCUUAAGCUUUGAAUACAUUGCCUAUAGUAUUCACAUUGUCUUCCCAAUGCAAAAGAUGGUUUUGAAUAAAACACUUACAGAAGGA